GGGAAACAAUCAACUGGAAAGUCCCUCCAGGGUCCUCUAGUGGUCUGGCAGCUUAUUUGCACGCCCCAUGAUAUCAUGCGACGCCGAAUUCCGCUGUGCCAGAUGAUGAUAAGGGAACAACGAUGAUCCGCGCCUUCAAACAGAGCUAAAAACCUUCUGCUAGCAAUGAAUUCCGCUCCAAAGAGCUUAUCAGCACGUGAUGCAGAAGCCUCCGCGGCACGCCCAGGCGAUGGCUGUCAGAUCUCGUCACCCUUUGAAUUCGGAGCUACCCAGGUUUGCACCGGUACAAAAUUGUGUGCCCUCCAGAGAUUUGUUUGUUGUUUGCUAUCGCCGUGUCUAUCUUUUGAUCGAAUCGUGUCUUGGGGCUUGAGCUUCCAUGUAAGAGCACAUCGGCUCAGCUGUGCCCAUAAGCUGUAAGUCGUUUCUUUCUUCUGCUUUCGCGCGACAAAAGAGAUCUAGCCGAACAAUCUCCUGAGCCGGCUGUGAGGUGUGGACGGGCAGACAUUAACAGAUUGCUGUUACUGUUCGCCGACGUGGUUCUCCAAGAGAGAGCACGUAAAUACUGCCUUCUUCUGCUCGACAUCGCCUUCAGCUCUCUCUCGUUUCGAAUUUUGCUAAUUAAAAUCCUUGUCGGCAGAUCAGCAUGAACAGCCAGAAUCUACACGGCCACGGCGGCAGCGCGCCGUACGACCGAGAUCGCGAUAUGGAUGAACGACAUCGCGCCAUCCAACAGCACGAAGAAAUGGCUCGCCGCGACCAAGAACGAGACAGAGAGCGCGAGCGAGAACGAGACAGCGAGCGUUACCCGCCGGCACCGCACCAGAGCAGCGCCGGCUCAAUUCCCAUUCACCAGCCGGUGGCCUCGCGGAUCUCCGGUGCUAUACACAGUCCCGGAGGGCUGCUCGCGAAUCAUAAUGGCAACGCGCCGCCCAUUCCGCUCGGCGCUCCGUCGGGACCGCUGGGUAACUUUGGCGGGCCUUUGCAGGGCGAGCAUGGACGGCCGAUGCAGCAUGGCGGACCGGGCGGUGCCAACGGGCAACACCAGAUGUUCGCAUCGAUUUCUCAUACACAACCACCUCCCAACGGCUCCCAGGCGGCGCCGGGCGGCGGUAUCUUUGGUGGGCCUUUACAGCCGCAACACCAACCAGAGGGAGGACGCGGAGGCCAACAGAAUGCGUCGAUGGUUGGCGUGGCUCCUGGUGGGCACCAGAUUCCCGGUGGCAUCACUCAGGGUCAGCAGCCUAUUCUGAAUGAUGCUCUCACCUAUCUCGACCAAGUCAAGGUGCAAUUUCACGACCAACCUGACGUUUACAACAGAUUCCUCGACAUUAUGAAAGAUUUCAAAAGCCAGGCUAUUGAUACACCCGGUGUUAUUAACCGUGUUUCUGAGCUGUUCGCUGGUCACCCAAAUCUGAUCCAAGGCUUCAAUACGUUUUUGCCUCCUGGAUAUAGAAUUGAGUGCGGAGCCGGCAAUGACCCGAAUACUAUCCGAGUCACUACCCCCAUGGGAACUACAGUCCAGUCUAUCGCUGGACGGGGACCACAGCCUGAAGGACAUGGACUUGCUGUUGGAGGCGGCCAGCCAUUAUUUCCUGAGCGCGGAAACCAAUGGCAACAAAGGCCUCAGCACAAUAUUGAGAGCCCAGAGGCUACCUUUAGUACUCCAGUGCAGAAUGGCGCAAAUCUGUUUGUCCAGGCAGCAACCCAAAGCGGCGCGUUUGAAGGUCCAGGAAGUCACCAGCAACGCAAUCCUUCCCAGAUGCAGGGAAAUGCAGGCCCGCCUAGCGGACCAAAUGCAAGGAAUGCCCACACUCCAUUGCCUACAUCUGGCCCUGGUGCAGCCAAUGGCGGUGCGGCUAACCCAGCAAAUAUGGAACGUCGUGGCCCUGUUGAGUUUAACCACGCUAUCAGCUAUGUAAACAAAAUCAAGAACCGCUUCCAGGAUAAGCCUGAGAUCUAUAAACAGUUUCUCGAAAUUCUACAGACUUACCAAAGAGAACAAAAGCCGAUACAAGAUGUCUAUGCUCAAGUGACUACUCUCUUCAACUCGGCACCUGAUCUCUUAGAGGACUUUAAGCAGUUUUUGCCAGAGUCUGCGGGCCAAGCCAGAGCACCGCCAGGCCGCCCAGAAGAUGGCACCGCUGCUGGAUCUGCACACACCCCUCAGCCAGGACUGAGAGAUGGACAGAAGAUGCCUCCUUUGGGAAGCUUUGCGCCACCAGUCAGCGCAGGCAAAGAUACCAAGAAGCGGCCACGCACUGACAAGCAGACCCCUACUCCUGGUGCUCUUCUCCCAGAACCUCCCGUUGCGACCCGAAUUCCUCCUCAAACUUUGAACGGUAGCAAGCGACCGAAGCUAAGCCAUGCCAGAGGCAGCGGAGACGCUGGUUCCAUCGAGCCUACCCUUACGCCUGUCAUGCCUGAGCCUUAUCCUCCUCGCUCUCCCGCUACAUCAAACCAGGAGGAAAUUGCCUUCUUUGAGAGGGUUAAGAAGUUCCUUAGCAAUCGGUCUGCGAUGAACGAGUUUCUCAAACUCUGCAACCUUUUUAGCCAAAAUAUCAUUGACAAGAACACUUUAUACCACAAAGGUGCUCUUUUCAUCAGCGCAAACCCAGAGCUGAUGACUUUUUGGAAAGCCUUUGUCGGCGUCGACUCUCAAGAUGUGGUUAUCGAUAAUAGACCAGCGCCGCCGCUAGAGAAGGUCUCUUUGAGCAAUUGUCGUGGCUACGGGCCUAGCUACAGGCUCCUCCCAAAGAGGGAACGACUCAAGCCUUGCAGUGGCCGCGAUGAGCUCUGCAACUCGGUUCUAAACGACGAGUGGGCUUCGCACCCGACUUGGGCCAGCGAGGAUUCCGGAUUUGUUGCUCAUCGCAAAAAUCAGUUUGAAGAGGGCCUUCACCGCAUCGAAGAGGAGCGCCAUGAUUACGAUUUUAACAUUGAAGCCAAUCUGAAAUGCAUUCAACUCCUGGAGCCUAUUGCUCAGCAGAUGCUUGCAAUGUCGCCAUCUGAAAGAGAGGCGUUCCACAUGCCCUCUGCUCUUGCCGGCCAAAGCACUUCCAUAUUCAAGCGCAUUUGCAAGAAGAUUUAUGGAGAGCGCGGCAUCGACGUUGUCAAUGACAUGUACACGCAUCCAUUUGAUGUGAUACCCGUACUCUUGGCUCGCAUGAAACAAAAGGAUGAAGAGUGGCGGUUCUCUCAGCGAGAAUGGGAAAAAGUGUGGCACGCUCAAACGCAUAACAUGCACCUCAAGAGUUUGGAUCACAUGGGCAUCCUCGUCAAGUCAACGGACAAGAGAAAUCUGACGGCGAAGCAUCUGGUAGAUGUCAUCAAGACCAAGCACGAGGAGCAACGUCGCGAGCGCAUUCUAAAGGGGAAGGCGCCUCGUCACCAAUUUGUUUGGGAUUUCAAGGACAAGGACGUUGUUCUCGAUCUUUUGCGCCUCAUGAUGCUCUAUAGCAUGCAUAAUGGUCAGCACAGCGGCCAAGAGAAGGAACGCAUCUUGGACUUUUUUGAGACGUUCGUCCCGGCCUUUUUUGAUCUCUCAGAGGACAUCGUCCAGGAGAGAGUCCCAAAGAUGCAACCCGAAUCUGGCGAAGAGGAGAUUGAAGACCAGACGCCGGCUGAAUUGACCAACGGCCGCAGUCGCCGCAAUGGAAAGAAGGGCGAUCUCCUUAGAGGGGUCCUCGACCCUGGCCGAAACGGCAGCAAACCACGAAACCAGAAAGAGGACAGCGCGGCCUCUGGCAGCAAAGAGACCACUCCUGAAGUUGGAUCUGCCAACGAAGAAGAGAUGGCCGAUGUUAAUGACGACGCCGCUGUCACUGAGGUAUCGAAUGAGCGAUGGAUGCCUACUAUUCCUAAGCCAGUGGUCGUUGGUGACAGCGAUAAUGCUCUCCUUGAUGCUGAUGGAGAGCUCAAAGCCGACGGCUUCUUCACUCGCCCGUGGUACAACUUUUUCUGCAACCAGACCAUGUUUGUUUUCUUCAGCAUCUUCCAAACAGUCUACUCUCGACUCCUGGAUAUCAAGGACAGCAAAGACGCUGUUGCUUUUGCGAUUGAUCGACUCAACAAGCCUAAGCCUGCUAGAGAUCUAGGUUUUACAGAGAACCACAUGACAUUCUUUGAUCCCAACGAAGAGCCUUCUAAAUUUUGGCCCAAGACUCUGGAGCUUAUCGAGGACUAUAUUACAGGAGAAAUUGAUGAAAACCGAUACCAAGAUGUCAUGCGGCACUAUUAUUUGAAAAACGGCUGGAAGCUGUACACUAUUCAAGAUCUGCUCAAGACGCUUUGUCGUCUGGCUCUGACCUGCAAGAGUCUGGACGCUAAAGAGAAGACACCAGAUCUCAUUCAGCAGUAUCUGCUGAGCCGAGAAAAAGAAGAGACUAGUUAUCAGACUGAGAUUAGCGCCAGAAAAUUUGCAGAGAAGUGUGUUAAGGAUGGUGAUCUGUUUGUUGUCUGCUGGUUCCCUCAGAAGUCAGAAGCCACCGUCCGAUGGCUCCAGCGGGACGAGACCACUUUCUACAUGGAUGAGAUGCAACUCCGUGAGAGGUGGCAAUAUUAUAUCUCUUCUUUCAUUCGUGUCGAACCUACCGAGGGUGUUGCUCGAUCGAAGAUGAAGAAGGUGGUUCUCACUCGCAACCUACCAUCUGGGGAGUCUGACAACGAUGAGGAUGGCAUCCCUAAGCCGGUAUCAUACAAAGAGAGCCUUACAGUCAGUAUCUGUCUCAAGAGCUCCAAAAUGAUUUGGGCUCCCGGCACCUCCGAGUACUUUGUUUACGACCAGGCUCCAAGGACCAAAGAGCAACGCGAACAUCGCGAGAAGCUCACCAAGGCUACGAGCAGUUUCCGUGAACGAAAGCUUCUUGAGAAGAUGGUGCAUAACCCAGUCUGGGCCAAAGAUAUGAGCCCCGAGGAAGUUCAAGAGCUCAAUGGAAAUUUCCGCAGGUGGAUGGACGAGGGAAUCCCUCCAGCUGGUUCUAAUGAGGACGUGGACAUGGAUUAGGAAAUCUCUCUGGCCGGUUCUAAUGAGGACGUGGACAGGGAUUUGGAAAUCUUUCUGACCGGUUCUAAUGAAGAUGUGGACAGGGAUUUGGACAACCAACCCUUUUUUCCAAUCUUCUGUUUUUGACGUCUUUUUUUUCCCCUCCCAUUCUCUUUUUCAUCCAGAGAAAGAGAAUCAUAUUUGGCAUGCUUCGAGCGGAAUUGGGUUACGCUUUUUGAUUUAUACAUUAUAUCCCCCCUCCCCCAAGUUGGCUGCGACUUCAGUAAACGAAAAGGGAGAAAAAAAAAAAAAAGGGACACCUUUCCAACUUUGGGGACAAAAAGUACAGCAUACGAUGCGAGCACAAAAAAAAUUAUUUGAACAGAAAACUUAACUGGCACGAAGUUCUAAUGGAAUUGAUAUUCGACGCGGAGUAGGUGGUAAAAGGGAGGGUAGGCUGCGUGCUGGUAGUAUAUCUUGCAGCGUACUUUGUUUCUCUCUCUUUCUCUCAUUCUUUUCUAUAUGGGAGUGCUAGUUUCUGUAUUUUACGUUUUGCUUUUGAUUGUUUUUUCCAAUCCCCAGGUACGGAUAUUGGGGAUUUCCUUUUACCCUCUAGUAGCUCUAUGCAGUACUAUAGCUUGAAUUGACGAGGAUUAAGACUAA